CUCCCCGACCUUUGAAACCAGCAGGGAGGGAGAGCGAAAGAGAGAGGAAGACUGAAAGAAGAGAAAAAGUCGGGUGAAGAACAGAAUGGCCACAGAUUUCACUCAGGACGCGGUGUUAGAUUUCCUUCAGAGCAGCGGAGGCAUGGUGAAAAACUCGGAUCUGCUUCUGCACUUCGGAAACUUCAUCCGGAACCAUGCGGACCAGGGUCGAAACCGGGAGCUGUUCAAGAAGUAUGUCAACACCGUGGCGACUGUCCGGCAGGAGGACGGCGUCUCUUAUGUCAUUCUCAGGAAGAAAUUCAGAGGACAUGUCCCUGGCGACGGUGGAGGGGGCCCCUCCGGGCCGCAGAGGCUCCCCGCCGGGAAGAACACUGAGCCCUCCCCGGAGAGCAGCAACCUGAGCUCGGCUGUGAACACAGAGAAGCCUCGACUGAAACCACAGCUGAGAGAGGUGACAGGACCCGCCCCGCCAGGAGAAGCCGCCAGGAAAAUAGUCCUCCCUGCAGCUGGAAUCAUGUCCAACAACAACAACAACGCAGAGAUGAAUUUGAACCUGAAACAGAAACAGCAUCAGGUAAACAACACACCUGAACCUCCUAAUAGACCAGCAGAAGCUCAGGUGCUGACUCAGGUCUUUGAGAAAAGAGAGCUGAGCACCCCCGGGCUGUCUGAGCCUCCUGUCCGAGAUCAGAACACGAAGAUGCCUCAGCAGAGGGUGGGUUUUUACCUGCUACCUGGGAUCAAACCAGUGGUCCCUACAUUCAGACAUCAUGGGGAGACCAGCCAACAGGUCCCUGUCCCUCAAAUGCUCAGAGGGAAGGAAGCCUGUCUGCAGCCUGAAGGAGGACUUCGUCAGGAACCUCAGGAUCAUCACGUUGGUCUUCAUGCUGAGGUCGCUCCACGCCGCUUCAGACACAGGCCAAGCUACAAAUCUGCUGUUUCUUAUGAUGAAGAUGAGGAGGAAGAGGAGGAGGCCACAAUGAGGCGAGGUUCAGCAGGAGGAGGGUGGCCCCUAAAUGCUCCUCUAGGAGAAACAGGGAGAGCCAUCUCCUCCUCCUCGCCGUGCAUCAUAGACCAGCCUGCAACUCCCUCUGUCGUCUCAUCUUCCUCCUCCUCUUCAUUUGAAAGGAAUCUCCCGAAGAUUUACAUCCAGGAUGUGGAAGGGGAGGGGGCACUGUGCCCUCGUGGCCCAGGUUGGGGGUUUGAGUCAGAGUUGGGGGCAAAAGGGCCAUGGUCGAGGACAGGACUGCCAUUUCCAGACCGAGCUAAAGAGGCUUCACCCCUUCACGAAACCCACCAGGACUCGCGGGCCUCAGGUGUUCAGGUGGAGCCCAGGCAGGGGUCUCAUCAAAGCCAAGGGUCGUCUAGCCACAGCAGCCUUUUCUCCCCAUCAUCUGAUGCUGGCUUCUCCAGCAGCGACUGGCCAAAGUCGGACUCCUCCAGAGGAUCAGGGUGGAAUAGCAGCUGCGAGGAUUUACAGGACAAAACAGGUGAACCUGGGCAGGAUGUGCUCCGGCGAUCUCAAGGGACCAAGCUUGAGUCUGCGACACACCUCGCUGACAGUAAAACCACAGCAGGCCAUCGCCACGACAACCAGGACUCUACAGUGCGUGUGAUGCCAUGGCACCUCUCCACAGGUGAUCUCCGCGACGACCACGAGGACGUGGAGUCGAGCGAGGGCUCCACCUCUUCGCCGCAGCUGCGGGAGCGCCCGGUGGUCGCCAGGCGGUUAAGCAGCCGGUUGAGGAGCAGGAUGUGCCGCAGCCUAGGGGCUGACCUCGACCAGCUCAUCCACGAGGAGGCGAGGGGAGGAGGAGGGGGAAACGAGGCGGCCCGACUGAACCGCCUCCACAUGAUCUCCUCCUCACUCAGCCUUCAUUACAACCUUUCUUCCUCCUCGCUGUCGUCCUGUUCCACGCCGCCUCGCUGCCACAGCCUCGCCGACCUGGUGGAGGGGGAGGAGCCGAGGGGAGGGAAGAGGAGCUUCCCCGCUACCGUCGCCUCCUCCUCGUCCGCUCACCAUGAAAGCCACAGUAAGCAGUCGCUGGUUCCUCUGGAGUCCAGGGAGCACGCCUGGCUGGUGAACGGGGCAGCGGGCGACUGGCCCAAAAUCUACUCCUUGUUCAGAGAUGACUCGUCCCUGCUCAACAAACGAGACUUCAUCUCUGGCUUCACUGUGCUGCACUGGAUUGCCAAACACGGUGACCACCGAGUCCUCAACACCUUAUGGUACGGAGUUGAAAAAGCCGGUUUGAUGUUCGACAUUAACGCCAGGUCGACAUGCGGCUACACUCCUCUCCACAUCGCCGCCAUGCAUGGCAACAAGAACAUAAUACGACUGCUGGUUAAAAAGUUCUGCGCUGAUGUGAAGCUGAGGGACACGGCGGGAAAGAAGCCCUGGCAGUACCUGAGUCGUGAUGCGCCGCCGGACAUCUUCCAGCUGCUGGGAGCGCCAGCUCGGGCUGCUGUGGGAGGAGAGCUAGGAGUCACGGGAGCGGAUACCAACUGGGGGCAACAACAGCAGCACCGCCGCCGUCGACGGCAUCAUCUCUCCUCGGCUUCGUCGGGAGAGAGGCCGUUGACCAUCGCUGGCACGACGAAGGUCAAAAGGUCGUCGUCGAUCGCUGCGUUCCUCAAACACAAAUCGCUGCUCCGGUUUCAUGGACAUCAGUCAGACUCCUCGAUUUAACAACCUCAACUGAUGGAUCAAGCUGGAUUUUUGUUUGGGGAAUUCUGAUUGGUUUACUGUCUGCUCAACUGCAGGACUGUUUGGCUGGCUGUGUACUCCCCACAGCAUGUACUGAUCCUUGACACUGACAUAUCAGCCAGACGGUAUGACUAAGUCAUAAAUGGCGAAUGAUUUCUGUGCCACAGAUACCACUUCUUCAGUGGUAUAAAAAAAAACAUUCAUAAAGUUCAUUAUAGUAAUGUGCCAACAAACCAGAUAAAAUACAGGUUUUGUGAUGAUUACAAACUUGGAACAUGAGUGACACUCUGUAUCAGUGGAAUAUCAAUCAGCAGCAGAACGAUAGUAAGAUAUGACCCAGAAUCAGCACAUGCCAUUUAAACUACAGGGACAUACCAUGAUGUGUGAUCGGAACAGGAUUAGCAGGAUUUGUACAUGAUGUGUCACCGCAGCGUCCCUCAAAGUUUACGUCAUUUACGUCACCGUGGAUACAGGAGUUACGUUCAGCUCCUGUCUGAGGUGCUGCAGGGUGAAUCUAUGAGCCAGCUGGCUGCAGAGAUGGGCAGGAUGCAGAUAAGAUCACGGAAGGCCUGGAGUAUGACAUGUUCAGUGUCAGACCUGAAGGUCUGCUCGCUGCUCUGGAUGAGCAUGUUUUUCUAAACUGUGCAGGAGCUGUGAAAUAACCAGUAAAAAAAGAGUAAAAAAUGUUGACUGUAAUUUUGUCCCUCGCACUUUGCCGGAUUCCAAACGGUGAGCACGUCCUGAUAACUGGAACAAAAGGGAGCACCUUGUGUCCUCGACUGAGCUUUCAGUUUCACUGUAAUGUGCAUGCCAGAGACAAGACUGUGUCACAAACAGUGCUGGAUGUGAGAUGGGCGAUGGCUUAAAGCGAGAGGGCAUUUUCAAGCACUUGGUGGAGCCGAUGGGUUUUCAGCAUGAUUGUCUAAUGUCACUGAUGUCAGAGAGAGAGAGAGGGGGAAAAAUCAGAAAGUGGAACAUGAGCUCCAGACUUACUCACUGAAGCUGUGAUUCACAGAGCCAUGUUCAGGGUUCAAACAGUCAGCAACAGAGACAGAACUGCAGCUUUUUAACUCUUGUGGUCUUCAUUCAUGUGUACGUUAUACUCCUCUUAUUGUUGCCAAAUCAUUCAUCUCUUUUUAGAUUUUUUUUUUUCCUCCUUCCAGGCUGGUAAACGUGUAUGGAUUAAACAAACAAGAUUAAAAAUAUCAAAUGAGCCUAAGAAGCACCAGCAGGCUGAUUUUGUUCCCUUAUAUUAACAGCCAGACAUGAAACAUGAAACUCACAGCAAGAAUGCGAAUUAGUGCAUUUCCCAAAAACGGUUUCCUUUCACUUGGUGAGUACAUUUUUAGUUGCACUGACAGAAACGAUGGACAUCUACGAAAAUAAGUACGAAAUACACUGAAAUUUAAUUUCUGAGCCUCUAGUUUAUGAUGGUGCUUUACUCAGCUGCACUUAGUUGUUGUCACCGUCUCCUGUCACUUUUACACAACACUUGGCUCAUUAUAGUCACAGUUAAACAGAUAAAUCUCAAACUCCAGUGAACUUAUUCCCCUGUUUAUUAUUUGUCUACAUUUUAAAUUUUAUUUUUCAACACAGCUUCUCGAUGCAGCAUAUUUCUCUGUCUGAGAGUCUCCACACGUUCAGCUUAAUAACCAGACAAAGGAAUGAAGGAUUCAGGAUUUGCAGUGAAUGAUGAAAACAUGUCAAACAUCAGGAUCAAAGUGCUGUGUUUUUGUUUGUCGGUUGUUCUGGUCUGAGGUUUACUGUAAUUCAUUGUGCUCCAUGUGGGAGAUGCACAGUGUUUUUCACACCCCACUGAAAGAAUAAGUAUUAAAAAUGUUUCACUAUAAGAGACGACUGUUUGUCGCUGUGGAUCAGUCAGGGAGUUUUAUAUUUUCAGUGCAUUUUUGCGGAGCCCUGAAACGGAUAAAAGAUGAGCCCAAAAAUAUUUGGAGUAUUGAGUGUAAAAAAAAAUAUAAAGCCAGUCAGUUGAUAUUAAAAAGUAAAUAAGAGCCGAUUACACUUUGGUGCAGGAUCCAGGAAUUUAUUUAUCACUUCACUUAACAUUGCAGGAGAGGGGAUUUUUCACCUUGGGAGAGGUACUGAGAGCCAGUCUAGUUUACGGAUGUGAUCAGUUAGAUCUGUGACUCUUCUGAUCACCUUUACUACCUUUUGUCAGCUUCAGGGCUCCGUAUUUUUCAGCUUUACAGCUCGACAGUCUGUCAGUAAAGAGGUUCUCUUGCUAAGUCUUGAAUCUCUUUGUGGAGUGAAACCAGCCCUGAAGAUUAAAAGUGAGUUCACCUGUUUUACAGAUGAUAAGUUUAAAUAACGAAGCAUUAGCACAUUAACUUGUUAAAUUCACCACACUCAGGGGUUUUGCCACUACAGUAUAUCUUAGUCUGGUGGUAACAACUGUAAACUAACUUUAGAUAGAAAUCACUAUGUAGCUGACAUUUUUGUGUUGUUUUCUGACUUCACGGCUCUCCUCCACUGCUUAGCACUGAGCUACAGGGAUGUCACCUAAUGAUGAUGUCUUUAAAGCACCUAACUGGUAAAUGAACUGUUGGUAAAUGAAAGGAAACUCACUGUGCCAUUACUGGCAAGUUGCAGGACAGUUGUAGUCUUUCAAUGUCUGAACCAGAAUUCUUUUAAAUUGCUUUUAUUGUCAACACUUUUCUUGUUCCUUUGUUCCUGUAAUGUAGUUUUAUAAGACCUUUAUCACUUCAGCUUACACUGUGCUAACACAGUGCAUACUCAAAUUACUACAAGUGGACUGACACACAGAGACUCAGGGACUGAGUAGGACUGGUAUUCCAUCAUAGAUACUGGUUGGUUUCUGGUCUGUUAGAUAAAUAAAUGCAUGUACAUUAUGUGAGUAACA